AUGAGCCUUUCGUCUGGCGCUCCAAUCUUUGCGCCCUCGGCUGCUACUCCUGUCAAAGAGAAUGCCCCUUCCAGUAGUGGAAACGCCCAGGGUGAAUCCAGCAGUGCAACAGUGCUACCGAAUCCAGCAGAGACUGGACAGUUUCCUUCUCAGUUUUCAAAUUCCAACCUAUUUGAACGUGCCGCAGUUCAAGUUGAAAAAAGCGAAGUUGUUACUGAGCAGAAUCGGCCAGCGGACAGUUGGGGUGCUCCCGGCAGUAAUAUGAGUGUUUCGCAAAACACGCAAGCCGACGAGCCUGAAAGUCACGGGGAAGAGAAUGAUGACGACCUCGCUGAGGAUUUUAGCAAUGGCGAAGAAGGAGAAGGCGGGCAGGGAAGAUCCGCCGGUGAUGAAGAUAAUAGCAAAAAGACGAAACGAUUUCGCCUCACACACAAUCAAACUCGCUUCCUUAUGAGCGAAUUUACUCGACAGGCGCAUCCGGAUGCAGCGCAUCGCGAGAGACUAUCACGAGAAAUUCCUGGUCUUAGUCCUCGCCAAGUGCAGGUUUGGUUCCAAAAUAGACGAGCAAAAUUGAAACGUCUUACGAGCCAGGAUAGAGAUCGAGUGCUAAAAUCACGAGCACUCCCUGACCAUUUCGACAGGACGCAAAUGUUGCAACAGCCGUAUAAUCCCAGGCAUUCGGCUAAUACAUCCCCGACUUCGCCUACAACAAGAUCAUCGUUUAGCACCGGUCACAAGCCAUUGGCUGUGAACAACAUAAAGCGCAACCCUGGUGACGAGUACCCAAUUUCUCCUGCAUCAGCAUACGGUAACUACGUGAGUUCACCCGGAAUUUCAGAACCAUUUUCGCCAACAAAUAAUACUGGCCACCCGGCAACUUUACCGAGAGUCCCAGGUGUGCACCCACCACAUUCUCAUGAAUAUAAUCGAUCACAUAGCUUUUCCAGCUCGUACGCGAACUGGCAGUAUCCUCAGAGACUUCAUAUGCCUCCAUCGGAAUCUGGUAUCAAGACGGAGCACACCAUGAAUCCUCUUCACCGUCCGACGGCUUCGUAUCCGGGAUUAGCUGGCACCAUUCCAGAAGGAGCCUACGACCGACAUUCAUCUCAAGCAAGUUCUGUAGAUCACGGAACUACUACUCAAACGAAUAGUCCUCUACCGUCGGCGAUGGCAUAUCAAGGACAACACUCGCAUACAAACGAACAAUAUCCAUCAUCUAACGAGUCUGCCUACAACACACCAGUGGGUUAUCGCCACGUUCUCUCAUUGCAGACGGGCCAGCUUCCUCCACCGCAAGAAUAUCAAGUCUCACCAUUUACACCAUCAUAUAAUUUUGAUUCUUUCUACCAACAAUAUACGCAUGAGAAUUCCUCUACAGUCAGCUUGCCGGCCUCGUAUAUGCGUUCAUCGCAGCAGAGCACUUAUGAGCCGGCGAGUGGGACUUAUUCAUAUGACAAUCAGGAUAUGAGCCAUCGACUUGCAGCGUCGCAGCCGGGAGGUACGAGGUAA